AUGUGCCUGCCACCAAAGAUGACGAGCCGGAGAUUCCAGACUCCAAAGAGACGAGCCAGAUCAAGCAAAGAAAGACUCUCCAAAGACGAUGAAUCGGAGAGUCCUGAUAGGGAGGAGAAGACAGAGAGAGCUAGUGAAACGCCUCGAAGGAGAGGUAGACCCAGCAAAGAAAAAUCAUCGAAGAGCGAAAGCGUCGACGAUUUGGCUACAGAAGUAGAUACUCCUGAUACGGAGGAGAAGACAGAGACAACUAGUGAAACCCCUCGAAGGAGAGGUAGACCCAGCAAAGACAAAUCAUCGAAGAGUGAAAGUGUGGACGAUUCGGCUACAGAAGUAGAGACUCCAGUUACGGAGGAGAAGACCGUGAGCGCUUGUGAAACUACUCGGAGGAGGGGUCGGCCCAGUAAGAACCAAUCAUCCAAGAGCGAAAGCGUCGACGAUUCGGCUAGGGGAGUAGAGACUCCAGCUACGGAGGAGAAGAUCGAGAUCGCUAGUGAAACUCCUCGAAGGAGAGGUCGGCCUAGUAAGGACCAAGCAUCCAAGAGUGAAAGCGUUGACGAUUCGGCUACAGAAGCGGAGACUCCAGCUACGGAGGAGAAGACCGAGGGCGCUAGUGAAACACCUCGAAGAAGAGGUCGGCCCACCAAGGACCAAGCAUCCAAGAGUGAAAGCGUCGACGAUUCGGCCACGGAAGCGGAGACUCCAGCUACGGAAGAGAAGACCGAGAGCGCUAGUGAAACACCUCGAAGAAGAGGUCGGCCCACCAAGGACCAAGCAUCCAAGAGCGAAAGCGUCGACGAUUUGGCCACCGAAGUGGAGACUCCAGUUAUGGAAGAGAAGACCGAGAGCGCUAGUGAAACACCUCGAAGAAGAGGUCGGCCCACCAAGGACCAAGCUUCCAAGAGCGAAAGCGUCGACGAUUCGGCCACGGAAGCGGAGACUCCAGCUACGGAAGAGAAGACCGAGAGCUCUAGUGAAACACCUCGAAGAAGAGGUCGGCCCACCAAGGACCAAGCAUCCAAGAGCGAAAGCGUCGACGAUUUGGCCACAGAAGUGGAGACUCCAGUUAUGGAAGAGAAGACCGAGAGCGCUAGUGAAACACCUCGAAGAAGAGGUCGGCCCACCAAGGACCAAGCUACCAAGAGCGAAAUCGUCGACGAUUCGGCCACGGAAGCGGAGACUCCAGCUACGGAAGAGAAGACCGAGAGCGCUAGUGAAAUACCUCGAAGGAGAGGUCGGCCCACCAAGGACCAAGCAUUCAAGAGCGAAAGCGUCGAUGAUUUGGCCACAGAAGUGGAGAAGAAGGUCGAAAGUCCUGCAACGGAUGACAAGGACAAGGGGAAAACGAAAAAGAAAGUCCCAAGUCCCAGUAGGACAUGGAAAGUAAAGAAACUGAACUGUGAGGAUUGUGGCAAGUGGUUUUCUAGUGCCACCUUGCUGAAGACCCAUCGCCUGCAGCACAGGACUAAGAAAUCUGGUAUGUGUUUUUUACCAGGUCACGUUGGUUUGACAGCGUUUUAG